AUGACCGACGUUGAUAAUGACAAUCAAUCCGAUGAGGAUAUCGAGAGCAUGACAUCUCGCGAAACAUCGCUUGAAGCGGCCGCAAAAGCGAGAAAACGACGAUUAAUGGAAAUGAAGUCGAGAAUUCAUGGAGUUCCCAUGGAGGAAGAAGAUUAUGAAAAAGAAGAACAGGAAACUAAGAAAACAAAAGAGCAAAAGAAGGAAUUCAGAAAUCACAAGCCAGAUGAAGCUAUCGGCUCACAUGUAAGCGGAAUUGAAAUGGACGCCGUUGAACGUGAAAUCGCCGACCACUUGAAAGACGUGCUUCACGAGAAGCCGAUUGAAAGCAUUGAUUUGGCAAUGUUGGCACCAAGAAAAAUCGAUUGGGAUUUGAAACGCGACAUCGAAGGCAAAAUGGCAAGAUUGGAAAGGAAAACGCAGAAAGCGAUCGCCGAAAUCAUUCGGCAUCGUUUGGCUCAAGGAAAAGGCGAUCUAGCCUCGACGGUCAACGCAGCUUCCAUGUAA